AUGUUAGCAUAUCCAACAUUGAAUGAUCAUGAAAAAACCCAACUUGCAUAUCAUUUAAUUAAUACAGAAAAUAGAAAUGAAUUAAAUUAUGAAGAUUUUAAUUUACUUGUCAAUGCAACAUAUGAAAAAAAUAUCACAAUUUCAGAAUUAAUUCAAGAAUUACAAGUUAUUUUAUUUCCAUCAACAACAAUGCCAUUGAGUUUUGAAGACUUUGAGAAAUAUUCUACAAAACCAAAGAAUUAUAUUGAUGUAAUCAUUGAAGGGUAUUUCUAUCUCUUUCCUGCAUUUUGUUUACCUUGGUUUGUUAAACAGAAAAAGAAUAUACCUAUGCUUAAUGAAGCAUUAAAAAAAGAAAGAGAACAAAGACUUAAUAUUGAAAUGAAAAAGAAAGAAGAAGAAAAUAAAAAACUUGAAGGUGAUGAAGAUGAUGACCCUCUUGAAAGAAAAUUAAAAGAAAUUGAAGAAAGAAAAAAAAAGAAAGUUGUAGAAAAAGAAGAAGAAGCACCAAAUUAUGAAUUUGACAUAAAAAAAGAUCCAUUAUUUGAAAAAGAUAAUAAAGAAUGGUUUGAUAGUGAUGAAGAUGAACAACAAGAAGGAGAAGAUGAAGAGGAAAGAAAAAAGAAAGUAAAUAUUGUUAUAAAUCUAAAAGAAACAAAACCAGAAGAAAAGAAAAAAGUUAAAGCAAUCUCAUUUGCUUUUGGUGCAAAGCCAAAAACGAAAGAUGAAAAGAAAAAAGAAAAAAAAGAAGAAAAUGAAAUAGAAGAAAUUAAAAAAGCCCUUAAAUUAAUGGAAAAUAAUAAAAUUGAUGAUGCAGAAAUAUUACUUAAAAAAUGUGCUCAAAUGGAAUUAAAUAAUAAAUUAACGAAAUUAGUUAAGGCAUAUUUUCUUAUGUGUGAAAUUAUUGAAUUUAAUGAAACAAAAGAAAAUGAAGAAGGUGUUUUAUUAAAUUGUUUUUUAAUGAUUUUACCUGUACUAAAACCACAUAGAAGAUUAGCAAUUGCACUUGCUAUUGAAUAUUUAAAGAAAAUGAAUUGUUGUAUUAGUAAUGUAAAUAAUUUCUUACAAUCUUUUGGAGAGAAUGGAUUAGAAAUAAAACAAAUUGUUAAUAAAUGUUGGAAGUGUGGUAAAGAUAAAAUAGAUUUGAAUAAAUGUAAUUGUGGAGAAACUUUAAAUAUUGUUUGUACUAAACGAGGUAUUCAAAUAGGAGGAAAUAAUGUAUGGAAAUGUGAUAAAUGUGGAUUAUUAAAUGAAGGAAGUCAUUGUGUUCUUUGUAAUAAUGAAAAAAAAGAAAUUACCCCUUCAAUAAAUGGUACUUCAUCAUUUGAACCAUUUGAAGAUUUUGGAUUUAAUACAUCAAAGAGUGAAGAAGUAAAAUUUGAUAAUUUCUUUGGAAAUGAUAUGCCAAAAUUUGAUGACUUUUCAUUUGGAGAAAGUAAGCCUAUAGAAAAUAAAAAAGAAGAGGUUAAUAUAAGUGAGUCAUUCAAUCAUGAAGAGGAGAAAAAUCCUGACAUUAGCCAUGAGAUAGAUAAUAAUCAAAAUAAUAUUAUUAAAGAAGAACAAAAACAAGAUUUCUCUUUUGAUGAUUUCUUUAGUAAAUCAACUGAUUCAAAUACGUUUGGUUCAACUUCAUUUAAUAAUGACUUUUCAUUUAAUAAUGCAUUUGAACAACCAAUUAAAGAAGAACCAAUUAAAGAAGAACCAAUUAAAGAAGAACCAAUAAGGACUGAAGAAGAUAAACCAGAAUUAAUAAGUCCUGAAGAAGGCAAGUCAGACACUGACAAAUUUGAAUUAAAUGAAAAAAAAGAAGAAUAUAUUACACAACAAGAAACAAAACAAGAAAUAAACCAAGAAGAAAAACAAGAAACAAAACAAGACUUUUCAUUUGAUGAUUUCUUUAGUAACAAUAACAACAAUGAAAUGACAUUUGAUUUUGUUAAUAAACCAACUUCUCUAUUUACUAACAAUUUCAUGGUUGACCAAACAGAAGUUGUUCAAGAACCAAAACAAGAAGAAACAAAAACAGUUAUAGAACAAGUUAAAGAAGAUAAUAAGAAUCAAACAGACUUAACUGAAGACAAUGGUUUUGUUAUAGAAGAUGAAGAAUAUGUUUAUCAAAGACCAUCUCAUUAA